UUCAGCUGUGAUCUACUUCUGAGGGGUUGAAUCGGUGAACGCUGCCGGUGACCCGACGAUGCCAAUAAAGCAAUCACGUCAUUUCUCGAGGAUUUAAGACAUGCGGACCUGUGCUGUCAUCAGUCCAUUUUUCCUUCACAGAGGGGGGUUCGGAGCAUCUAGAGGAAAUGAAUGGUGUUCACAGCGGGGAAGCGGACUGCGGUCCGUCGCUGCAACUGCGCAACUGCACCCACGCGGGCUGCGGCGCGACGUUCACCCGAGACUGGAGGCUGAAAGAGCACGAGACGGUGCACACUGGGGAGCGCCCGUGUCUCUGCGCCAUUGCCGGCUGCGGUCGUCGUUUCACGCGUAUCUCUCAUCUGAGGCGCCACAUGCUGAAGCACAGAGGGGUGAAGCACUUCCAGUGCAACUUUUUGAACUGCACGCAGAGUUUUUUCCACGCGGGCCACCUAAAAAGACACGUGCGCUACGCCCACGGAGACAAGAACAAGUAUUUCAAGUGUGACCAGCCAGACUGCACAUUGACCUUCAAAAAACGCAGAGCGUUUAAACUGCACUUGCAGGAGCAUGAAGUGGUUGUUAAGUCAAAGUGUUCGACGGAAGGAUGCGUUGCCAUGUUCGACUCCCAUGUUGCUCGCAAAGCACACGAGAAGAAGCAUGCAGGUUACCGCUGCCCCCGAGCUAACUGCCAGGUGUUGGAGCACACCUGGGGCAAACUUAAGAAACACAUGGCCAAACAUUCAGCCACAUUUACAUGCCAAGCAUGUAAGAAGGUGUUUAAGAAGGCUGAGGCUCUGAGGAGGCACAAACGAAUCCACGCCUCCCACAAGCCCGUGCUCGUAUGUCCCAGGGAGGACUGCCAUGCCUACUUCUCGACCACCUUUAACCUGCAGCACCACAUCCGCAAGGUGCACCUGGAGCUCCUGAAAUACAAAUGUUCCUUCCCGGACUGCCCACGCAUGUUUGCUAUGAGAGAGAGUUUGACCAGACACUUGCUUCGCCAUGACCCAAGUGCCACCACCCUGAAGAAACGUAAGCGGACCAAAAAAACCUGGCAGAAGCGUCUGGACGGACACCAUCUGCCCCGUGUGGAGGAAGACCUGCGCAGCCUCUUUGCUCUGCGCAUGCGGAUCUCCCGACGCGCCAAGGUGGAAAUGAACCUCGCGGGACUCUUCAAUGAACGCAAGAUCCCUCAUUAUGUUGACACGGAGGUCAACCUGCGCAGCCUGUUUGGAAUCAAACAGCCCCGCUUUGUGGAGGAGCCGGUGGUUCUGUCACUAGAAGGUUGAAGAAACUGCAAUUGGGAUUAGCUGCGCAUCUUUACUUUAGAGUUUUAACUUCCUGAAAUUGGUGCAGGCUUUAGAAAUGGAAGGGUUAAUUUUUUUUUUCUUAAAUGUAUGAAAAUUGGGUCUCUUUGGUUGUAUUUUUGUAAUGUAGCUGAUGUACAUUAAACUACUUAAAUGUCACUUGACACAUUAAUUAGAAUGUCAAGAGCCUGAGAAUUUAAAUUGACUAAUUUUCUUAAAGUCAAUUAAAAUACUUAAUUUGUAAUGUGAAUUUUGUACACCCAAUAAAAUGAUUUACAUUUUGA